AUGGCAGAAAGGAAAGCCGACGACCCUGAACGAGCGGACCUUGCAGCGGCGAGCCGAAGGCCUCCGUCUGGCGAGUGGCAGCCUUUCACGGCGAACCGAGGACCACCGGUCGGACAGAGGAGCGGUUUGCCUGCUCGGGCUCGUCCAGCCAACAAAGGCUUCUGCCCGGCUGAAGGUAGAGGAGCUGCAAUGGAGGCCCAAAGGUGGUCAUCCGCUGACCCACCAGAUUUCAAAUUCAACGAAUUGGAUGAAGUCUUAGGAAUCGAGGCGGCACAAGAAUGGUCAUCCUCUGCAGCACCCCACAAGUCACCAUCAUCGUCUUUACUCGGCUUUAGUGUGCUGCUCUUAGAAGGAAAUAUGAUAAACAAAUACGAACCUUUGUGGGGAUAUUCAUAA